AUGAAUUUCAACAAAAACAUAACAAAUGCUUCGUAUACUCUUCAAAAUGAUGGCAUCCAUUCAACUUCAAUAAGCAUCACUAUUGAAACUUUCUACGAAGCUGUUAAAGGCAGGAUCACAGGCAGCAUCAAUUUUCCGGAAAAUGACAGUGAUCGAGAAUAUAAGCGACAAUAUUUCAAAACUUCAUUGGAUUACGAAAGAUUAUUGAAAGGAGUUUUUGGAAAUUCCUUAAUAGAAAAAGUGGCACGACAAAUAUUGGAAACAACAAAUCUGACAAUUCCUUUAAAAAAGGACAGAAGAAGUCAUUGA